AUGUGCAUCUUGAAGUUGAAGCUCAACGACGGUGAAAAGCCAUCUGUUGAAGGCUUCGGCUUCACGUUCAUUGGCAAUCACGAGAACAAAUCUGGUACCGCUCGCGCUCAACAACUGGCCGUGUUCUGCGAAGGACCGGCCGUGUUCAUUCAGAUCCGUGUCCCUUCCUCUCCCGCCCCGCUCAAAACACCAAGCGGAGUCCUAACUAGGACCUGCACCAUUCAUUUAGCCGAUAUGCCGCCCAGCAUGACUAGGCAAAAGGCCAAGUCGCAAGAAUGCGCCCUACUCUACGACACCGACUCGGGAUUACGUCUCAUAGGGGGCCAGAAGAUUGGAUAUCCCGCCAACCAUCGGACGCAGUUCUAUCAUGUGCACCAGGCGAACAGGCGGCAUGGAGUCGGCAUCCGAAUCCUGUUCCCCAGGUCACCGGACAGCGCUGCUACGUUUGCUAGGGUGGAUGGCAGCCCCUGCGCGGCUCUCAGCAUUGAGAUUAGAUUGCCCAUUGGUACCUGGACCUCUACUGCCGAUGUGGCGUCUGACGAGCUACUCGCUGCACUCCCACCCCGCUCAACCACCAAGCCUGCAGAGAUGUGUGUGUUGAAGUUCAAGCUCCACGAUGGCGAGCAAGCUGCUGUCGAUGGCCUCGGCAUUCCUUUCAUUGGCAAUGACGAGGAUGAUGGAAUUGUCAACCAUGGCCAUCUAAUGGGAGGCGUCAUGUCACUACGGGACAUAUGUGCGCAGACAGAGUUCACGCUUCUGUUCCCUGGGCUUUUCCUUCUCCCGAAAGGUCGUACCAGUUUCUCGAAAGACUUCCCCAAUCCCAUCCAAGAUGUCUUCCCCUACAGCGCAGGUAACUGGUGUAUGCCCCGGUAUCGACAAGAGGUGCCCAAGUUUACCAGAGACCACCCUUACGCUGCGACAUACAAGUUUGACAAACAUCGUGAUUGCAUGAUAAGCGUAUCCCAGGGCGCGGUUCAAGAGGUGUUCUACUUGUCUGAAGACGUUAGGGAGAUCAGGGAGAAGGAGGUCCGAUGCAUGUUCCUUCGCACGGGUAAUACGCCGGACAGUACGGCUCCAGAGUUUAACGUACUUGUGUGGCACAAUAUCCAUGACAACCACCAGCUCGCUCCCUCCCUUCUACGGCUUCUGUCUCAUGACUCCCCUCUGGCUCUUGCCUUCGCGCCCCCACCGCCUAACAUGAUUGACGAUGAUGAGGAGCAAGGACCUCUGGACACAAUGUUCUGGGAAGCUAGAAAAUUGCCCCUUGAGGACUGGAAGUUUACCCGCUGCGAUCUGGCGCUGAGGAUACGUCGGCCCCGAAGGAAAGACACCAACUUUGCGGCAACGAACAUCACCAUCCCGGCGUACGACACCUUUUCGGAAGCGAAAAGAUUCGAACAUCGUGUGGAUGGCAAAUACUACCUCAAAUUCGAUGCCGGCUUGCAUAUCGCUCGCCGUCGGGUCGAAGGAGUGUACAAAGCCCUGGAGCAGGACGAGAUGUUCGAGAACUACAUCCCGCAUCUCCUCAAACGGGACUUCCAGUCCGGCUCUGACACUGCCUCGCGGCCACUAACCCUCCCCCACGUCGACUUCAUCAACCAUCUCGACGAAAAGACCCGCACUGCCAUAUCCACGAGGAUAAGCGACGAAGCUCGCGAGCGGUUUGCAAGAUACCUCGAGGUCACCCGCUUGGGCAUCAUUGCCAUCAUCGGGUUCGCUGGAUCAGGCAAGACUGAGAUGCUUGCUCUUACGGCGUGCUUGUUCAUGGCGCAUCCUGACAUUGGCAAGAUCCAUUGCAGCGCCCCGACGCACGUGGCAACAACCAACUUCGCCGAGCGCCUUCACCAACUUGGAAUGGCCAUUGCUAGCGAGACUGGUUGCUCCCCUCCUCUUGUGGUUCGGGGAUAUGCCGUUCAAACAGAGGUUUCGGCCUUCGUUAAGAUAGCCUCGGGCAAGUCUUGUGGAGCUGGUGAGGACAUCGUAGACCCCUACCGUACUGGGAGGUGGUCUCUGAAGCUGUCGCCCUGCGAGUGGUUGCUCAAGGUCAUGGGUGCCCGUGAUUUCCAGCUUACGGCUGAUGAUCCCAAGUGCCUACAUGACCUUCGAGAGCAGGUCGUCGCCGACGCACUAUACGAAGGCCUUCGGAAGUUUGCAGCGGGUGAAAUCUCCUACGACGAGUUCCAGUCUUCUACGCCAGCGGCAUCCCAGCUCAUCCUAGACCUGGUGAAGACCAUCAUCAUGAUGGCCGACGCGGUGUGCACCACGCCCUUCUGUUCCAGCCAGGAUCCCUACUCAAAGUUCAACUCGAACGUGGCUAAGGGUAUUAUCCUCGAUGAAGCUGGCGCAAUGUGGCAAGCAGACGCUCUUCUGGUCUGGGGCCGUGGGUGUCGCCCCUGCGCCAUGGCUGGAGAUCCACGCCAGCUCCCUCCAGUGGUGAUGUCUCACAACGAAUUCCGCAAGGGAAAAUGCGAAAAUGCAUUUUCGGACCUGGCAAGGGUGUCCCAACUGGAGCAGGUGAGGCGAAGCGGCUGGCCGUGCUUCGUACUCAACGUCCAGUUCCGGAUUGUUGAGGGCUGUUUCGACCUGGCCCGGGAUGUGAUCUACCCCGAUGUCGAGGGGUUUGCCUACGCCAGCCAAGUUGCCGUGAGGGCCAAUCCUCUCUUUAUGGGGGUCGAAACGUGGGUGCGAAGCACCUUCAAGGCGCCGGCUUGCCCACCGAACAAGAUUCUGCCCUUGUUCUUCGACUGCGCCGAGUCGAGAUGCCGACAAGAUGACGACACUCGCUCUCGGUACAAUUUGGGCCAGAACAGGGUCGCUGUCGCCCUCGUCGAGGCCUUGCUGACGGCUAACCUGGGUCUGACCAGCUCCGACGUGGUCGUGGUUACGCCCUACAGGGCGAACCUGCACCAGCUCCAGAAGAAACUCAACGCCCACGACAACGCCGCCUGCAGGGACGUGGCGGUGAACACGGCCGACUCCUUACAGGGUAGAGAGGCCAUGGUGGUCAUCUUCGUGUUGUGCGUGACGGCGGAGACGGGUCCGUGCUUCGUGGCUGACCAGCACCGGAUCUGCGUCGGGGCUACUCGGCAAAUUGGCGCCUUGUUCGUCGUCGGAGACCUCCGGACACUCCCAGGCCGAGCAUACAAAGACCCGAAGAAGGAGAUCUUCUGUCGUUUCCUGGAGUACUUCCGCCGGACGAAGCGGGUGGUCGAACUUGACUCUUCUGGAAACUUCGUCGGCUCGGGGCUGCGUCUCGGGAGGUCGGGGAUUGAAUCGGGCUGA